UCUAACUCCUGCGUGUGUAAUAAUGUUUUCCCCUCCGCUGAGGCUCACUCCUCCAGCCUAUUGUUUGAGACAACAGAUAUAAGUUGCGAUGGGAGAGGAGCGUCGGAUUUGGUGUGUAUCCCCCAUUUCCAAUUAUAGAUGGAUCAUUACAGACAGCGGAGUCCUGAGAAGCCAGACAUCUGCUCCUCACAUGAAUGCACUCAACUCCUAGAGACCAGGCUGCCAUCAUGCUCUGGAAGCUCGUGGAGAAUGUCAAGUACGAAGAUAUCUAUGAGAUGUUAGUCCACACCUAUUCAUCCAUGGACCGGCACGAUGGCGUCCCGAGCCACAGCUCGCGGCUGUCCCAGCUGGGCUCGGUGUCCCAAGGACCCUACUCGAGCGCCCCGCCGCUGUCCCACACCCCGUCGUCCGACUUCCAGCCGCCCUACUUCCCGCCCCCGUACCAGCCGCUGCCCUACCACCAGAGCCAGGACCCCUACUCCCACGUCAACGACCCCUACUCCCUGAACCCCCUGCACCAGCCCCAGCAGCACCCCUGGGGCCAGCGGCAGCGGCAAGAGGUGGGCUCCGAGGCCGGCUCGCUCCUGCCGCAGCCCCGCGCCGCGCUGCCGCAGCUGUCGGGCCUCGACCCCCGGCGGGACUACCACGCGGUGCGCCGGCCCGACGUGCUCCUGCACUCGGCCCACCACGGCCUGGACGCGGGCAUGGCAGACGGCCUCUCCCUGCACGGCCUCGGCCACCCCGGCAUGGAAGACGUGCAGUCAGUUGAAGAUGCCAAUAACAGCGGCAUGAAUCUAUUGGACCAGUCUGUCAUAAAAAAAGUUCCGGUUCCCCCCAAGUCUGUGACUUCUCUGAUGAUGAAUAAGGAUGGUUUCCUGGGCGGUAUGUCCGUCAACACUGGCGAGGUCUUUUGCUCGGUCCCGGGCCGGCUGUCCCUGCUCAGUUCCACCUCCAAGUACAAGGUCACCGUCGGGGAAGUUCAGAGGCGACUUUCGCCCCCCGAAUGCCUCAAUGCGUCACUCCUGGGCGGCGUCCUCCGAAGAGCCAAAUCGAAAAAUGGGGGGAGAUCCUUGCGAGAAAGGCUAGAAAAAAUCGGUUUGAAUUUACCCGCGGGCAGACGCAAAGCAGCAAAUGUCACGUUACUCACCUCCCUGGUGGAAGGAGAAGCUGUUCACUUAGCUCGAGAUUUUGGGUACAUUUGUGAAACAGAGUUUCCCGCCAAAGCUGUUUCUGAGUAUUUGAACCGGCAGCACACGGACCCCAGUGACCUGCACUCCCGAAAGAAUAUGCUGCUGGCCACCAAGCAACUGUGUAAGGAAUUUACGGAUCUGCUGGCCCAGGACCGGACGCCGAUCGGAAACAGCCGGCCCAGCCCCAUCCUGGAGCCCGGGAUCCAGAGCUGCCUGACGCAUUUCAGCCUCAUCACGCACGGCUUCGGCGCCCCUGCCAUCUGCGCCGCGCUCACGGCCCUGCAGAACUAUCUCACCGAGGCGCUCAAAGGCAUGGACAAGAUGUUCUUGAACAACACCACCACUAACAGGCACACGUCUGGGGAAGGCCCAGGUAGUAAAACUGGCGACAAGGAGGAGAAACACAGGAAAUGAAACAUUUUUAAAAACAAAAAAAAGAGGAAAGAUGUUUUAAAUACAAAUGGAAAACAGAAAAAAAAAUUUUAAUUUUUAGCUUUAAACUAUUGGAUUGGCUUUGGAAGAAUUAUAUUAGGUAGAAUACACAUACAAUCAAAAAAAAUUA